GUAUCGCUCAGAGAUGCACUGCUAUCAAGUACCACCUUUCACAGCUGGUACACAGGUGUGUAUUUUCCAUUCCCUCCAACCUGAUGGAGAUGAUCCACCUGGAUGAAUGGCAUCUGCUCUAUAAGUGUUCGGUAUGGCCCCCUCCUCCCUGUGGAAGGCUUGUCCGUGGUAACAUCUACUCUGAAUUUCUUGGGUUUGGUGGAAACAGAGUUGAGAAGGAUCAUGGCCAGAUGCCUCCUGCCAUUCUUCCCUGUGGGUGCAUCAUGGCAGCUGCCAGCUUCUUUUGGGAAGAAAGCCUCACCCAGUACAUUACAGGUCUGUUGUUCCUGGCAAGUAGAAUAUUUUGCACUAUAUCUCCGUGCACUUACAUCGCCAGCAUAUCAUAUGACCUAAAACACCUCCCUACAGUUGUCUAUAAUCUUCCUGAUGAUGUAGAAAGUGAAUACAGCUGGUCUGUAUUUUGUGCUUGGUGCAGUCUGGGAUUUACAGGAGCAGCCAGAUGUCUUUGCACAGCUUACCUGUUUGUUAGCAGGGGCAACGUUAUGCAGGUGAAGUCCACCAGAGAUUCCUCCAUCUGA